CGGGAGAUGACAGCAGGGAGGCAGGCAGGCAGGCGGGCUGGGGGGCUCCGGUGGCAGCUGCCUCGCCUCUCGCCUCGCGCCAGCCCCGGCCGGGAUGCUGCUGCUGCUGCUGCUGCCUGACCGGCUCGGCGGCGUCGCCUAGAUCCCGGCACCGCCGCCGCGCACACGCACACACCUCCCUCGGGCGGCGGCGGCGGCGGCUGGGGGCGCCGAUGGUGGUGCUGCCGCCAUGCCGGUGAUGAAAGGCUUGCUGGCCCCGCAGAACACCUUCUUGGACAACAUCGCCAACAGGUUCGAUGGGACACAUAGCAACUUCCUUCUGGCCAACGCUCAGGUGCAUCGUGGCUUCCCCAUUGUCUACUGCUCUGACGGGUUCUGUGACCUCACGGGCUUCGCUCGGACAGAAGUCAUGCAGAAGAACUGUAGCUGCCGCUUCCUGUACGGGGGUGAGACCAGCGAAGCCGUUCUGCAGCGCAUUGAGAAAGUGUUGGAAGGCAAACAGGAAUACCAGACUGAAGUUUGCUUCUACAAGAAAGGUGGAACAGCCUUUUGGUGCCUCCUGGACAUCGUACCUAUCAAGAAUGAGAAAGGCGAAGUGGUGCUUUUCCUCUUCUCUUUCAAGGACAUCACCGAGAGCCGUGAAAAGAGUCAUCUCAAUGAAAAACCAGAUGAAAAGCACCGGUGUAAGAAGGCAGGGAGUUCCCACCUGCGGGCAGCCAGGAAACAAGGACGCACUGCUCUCCAUCACCUUGCCAGCCAGUUCACCAAGAAGGAUCAGACAGAGAUGAAGAUCGAUAGCAAUGUCUUUGAAAACAAGCCCUCGGUGCCAGAGUAUAAAGUGGCCUCCAUUCAGAAGUCGCGUUUCGUCCUCCUCCACUACAGCAUCUUCAAGGCCCUGUGGGACUGGCUCAUCCUCCUGGCCACUUUCUAUGUGGCUGUGACUGUUCCAUACAACGUAUGCUUUACUGACACAGAGGACAAUUUGGCGGCUGCCCGCAGCACCAUCGUCAGUGAUAUCGUAGUGGAGAUGCUUUUCAUUGUCGACAUCAUCUUGAACUUCCGGACCACAUACGUCAGCCAGUCGGGCCAAGUAGUCUAUGAUACCCGUUCCAUCUGCCUCCACUACGUGGCCACGUGGUUCUUUGUGGACUUGGUUGCGGCCUUGCCCUUUGACCUCCUCUAUGCCUUCAAUGUCCCAGUGACAUACCUCGUGCACCUGCUUAAGACAGUGCGUCUCCUGCGCUUGCUGCGCCUGCUCCAGAAGUUGGAUCGCUACUCGCAGUACAGUGCCAUGGUCCUGACUCUGCUCAUGUCCAUGUUUGCCCUGCUAGCCCACUGGAUGGCCUGCAUCUGGUAUGUCAUCGGUCGGAAGGAGAGCCACGACCCGCUGACCUGGGAUAUUGGCUGGCUGCAUGAACUGGGCAAGCGGAUAGAGGCCCCAUAUCUCAACAACUCCGUGGGCGGACCGUCCAUCCGCAGCGCCUACAUCGCUUCGCUGUACUUUACCCUCAGCAGCCUGACCAGCGUGGGCUUUGGCAAUGUCUGCGCCAACACAGACGCCGAGAAAAUCUUCUCUAUCUGCACGAUGCUCAUUGGCGCUCUGAUGCAUGCUGUGGUCUUUGGCAAUGUGACAGCCAUCAUCCAGCGCAUGUAUUCACGGCGCUCCCUCUACCACACCCGCAUGAAGGAUCUCAAGGACUUCAUCCGUGUCCACCGCCUGCCCCAGCAGCUCAAGCAGCGCAUGCUGGAGUACUUCCAGACCACGUGGUCUGUCAACAAUGGCAUCGAUGCCAAUGAGCUUCUGCGUGACUUCCCCGAUGAACUCCGAGCUGAUAUUGCCAUGCACCUGAACAAAGACAUCUUGCAGCUGCCGCUUUUCGAAAGCGCCAGCCGCGGCUGCCUGCGUGCCCUUUCCCUACACAUCAAGACUUCCUUCUGUGCCCCUGGCGAGUACCUCCUGCGUCAGGGGGAUGCCCUCCAAGCCAAUUACUUCGUCUGCUCAGGCUCCCUCGAAGUCCUCAAGGACAACAUCGUGCUGGCCAUUUUAGGUAAAGGGGAUCUCAUCGGUGCCGACUUGCCCAGCAAAGACCAAGUCAUCAAAAUCAACGCAGAUGUCAAGGCGCUGACCUACUGUGACCUCCAAUACAUCAGCCUGCGUGGGCUCUUUGAGGUAUUGGAGCUGUACCCAGAAUAUUCCUCCAAGUUCAUGGCAGAUAUCCACCAGGACCUCACCUUCAACCUACGUGAGGGCAGUGAGAUUGAGGGACUUCUCCGAUUUUCCAGGUCCCCACGUUUAUCCCAGCCUCACCUUGACAGUGGUGCUGCCCCUGAGAAGCCCUUGCCUUCCAUCCAGGAGUACGAUGAGGAUCCGGAGGACUUCUUCCAGCCCUCGCCCGCCACCAUUACCCGCCGCAAACUCCUCUUGCCCAACCUCAACAGCCCCGUCAGGCGUGGCUCCCUCAGCAGCCUGCUGGGGGAUGACCUGCGCCAAUUCUCAGCCCUGCGGCGGAACUGUCGGUCCCCAGCCCGCUGCAGUCGGGGUAGUAGCCCCUCUCCGCGGUGCCGCCAGAAGGAACGACUUUCCGACAGUGAGGGCGGCAAUGGCUGGAAACCCGGCAAGCUCCUCAUUCCCUCCCUCAUGAACUAUGGCUCCCCAAACCUCAGCCCCAGAGUCGUUGAUGGAAUUGAAGAUGACGGUGGAGCAUCAGAAACACAAACCUUUAGUUUCAACAUGGAACAGCCCCCGCAGAGCUCAGUGCCAGAGCCGCCAGUGUCAGGGAUGGAACAAGCCAACCCCGUGUUAGCUGCAGAAGCUGAUGAGAUAAAGCAGAACAUCAGGAGACUCAAUCAAGAGAUCAACAAUCUGAACCAGGAAGUUUCCCAACUCAGCCGGGAGCUGCAACAUCUGAUGAGUCUCCUUCAGGGCCAGCUCACUCCUCAAGCCUCCUCUUCCUAUGUCCCUGCCUCCUCUUGUACCCACAACAAUGCCCGGACCUUGCCCUCCCCACCUUCUAUCAGCAAACAGCCGCACUGUCUGCCUUCAUCUCAGGUCUCCAUUUCUGUGCCACCACCUGGCCUUCCAGCCUCCUCAAGCAUUGACUUUUCAGCCUUCAGCAGCUCCUCACUGCCUUCUGCCUCCCAGGACCCAGAGUUUUUGGAACCCCAGGAACAAAGGGGCUGCAUGUCUUGUGGUCCUGCAAGUCCCUCUUACCAAUACCAUUCCCCUCGGGCGGACACAGGACAAGGAAGCCACUGGGGGCAAACAGCCAAUAUGACUUCUUCUCGUUCCAGCUCAGCUGUGCUGUAUCCUGUUACCUCUCUCUCCCUGAAGAACUCUUUCUCCAACUGCUCAGGACAGGGCUGUCCACUGACGCGCUUCCAUUUCCGAUCGAGUUCGGAGACUUUUCACUGAUGCCAAGGAGCCUCCUGUCACAACUUCUUCCUUUCAGAUAUUCGGUGCUCAGGACUCAGCUGAGAAACCAAGGCUCAAGCAAGCUGGAGCCCACAAAGUUACAUGGAAAAGAUCCAACACACACUUUUUGGCCACCAGCACCAUGCUUUCUUUCUUUUUUUUUUGACCCGAGUAGAUUGGAGUGGGGAGGGAAAACACCUUGGGAACUAAAACGAAAUGUUGCACAAUCUUGAAACCUGGAAGUCCAAAAUUUCAGAUGAUGUUUGGUUUUCAAAAUUGUUUUUUUAAAAAACAAAAAACCUGAAUCGUAAAUACACUUUGAAAGUCAUAAGGUUA